AUGGCUCUUUCCGCACCCAGCACAGAUCCGCAAGUCCUAAUCGCGCAAGAAACAAGCACGGGCCAAAUCUUCAACAAGUUCACAGCAGACACCGCUUGGCAGCUAGGAAAUGCACUAAGGGACCGAAUCCUCAGCCUCCCGAGCGGACAGCGCAAACCCGCCCUGAUCUCCAUUGCACUCGCCGGCGGAGUCCCGCUCCAUGUGGUAUUUCAGUCUGUGACAGAAAGCGGCACGAUCCCGGACAACGAGAACUGGGUACGACGGAAGCGCAACACGGUGCUCCGCUGGGGUGUCUCGAGCUGGGCUAUGAGACAAAAGACCAUUAGUGGGCUCACGGCUGGUGCCUCGGCGGACCAGAUCGAGGCUGCUUUUGUUAAAAAAUAUGCUGUUCCGAGUGCCACUGGAGGUGCUGUUGCGGAUGAGUAUGCUAUCCAUGGCGGUGGCUACCCGAUUCGCGUGCAUGGUGUUGAUGGACUUGUUGGUGUUGUUGUUGUUAGUGGGUUGAAACAGGAGGAUGAUCAUCAGGUUGUUGCAGAGACCAUUCAGGCGUUCGUGGCUCAACAACUAAAAUAG